AUGCUAGGUGCCGACAGGGCCAUCGGCAGGCGUGUGAGCAGGAGCGUGACCAACGGCGAGCACGUCCGCCUCGAGGCGAUCGACACCUUCAUCUCCGAGAUCUCAUCGCUCAGCGCAUCGCACCUCGUCCAGUUCCAACGGCUCUACACGACGCAACGCGGCCCGUGCGCCCUGUGCGGCCAGCUACUGGCGGGCCGUGCCUACGACGCCUCUUGCAGCUCGCGCGUCAUCCGCGACAACAUGCGCUCGACUACCGUGCGCUGCUACUGCAUGCAACAGGAGCUACCGUGGGAGCACGUCUCACUCUUGACCAUUGAUGCGGAGGGUCACGACUACAGUGUGCUGUCUCAGUACCCGUUUGCCUCCAGUCCGGUCCAGCGGGUCGUCUUCGAGGCGACGCACAUGCGCAACGUCGACUUCGAUCGCGCUGCCGCGCUGCUCGAUUCGCAUGGCUUCGUCUUUCUGAAGGGCGGCUACAAGGCCGGUGACAACGUCUGGCACCACCCCGGACGUUGA